AACAAAUGCCAAUAUGGCCGACCAGUGGUUUUGGCUUCGCUUUGUGGAAGUUUUAUGCAUUGUCUGUUCCUAGUUUCAUUCAUACACCAAAAAAAAGAGAUGAGAACGUAAAAGUUAAAAAGUCUGCUUAUAUAUUGGAUCUUAAAUUUUUUUUAAAGGCACCUGUGAUCACACUUUUUCAAAAACAAGCGUUGAUAAUGGGGGAAAAUGCCAACAGUGAAGGCACUCCAAGUGAACCAGAGAAGCCGGUUUCGACUGCUGAUUCAUUCCCGCCUUUUCCUGAACCUACGGAUACAGACUUCGACGAAGAUAUUAAUUUAGAUGAGAGGAACUACUACAAGGAAAAAUUUUUAGAUUUAAAAAGUGUAAUAUUCUAUCGUUUACACUGUACAGCUUGUGAUCGCCAUUUAGGAUGUUCUGCAAAAAAUGAAAAUAGAAUGCGUUCUCACCCUAUGUUACGCACAUUAGUUUGUCACACUUGCCACACAUUCUACAACAGUGGAGAAUUUGAUAAGGGUGAUGAUGGUUCUGAGCUCUACUGCAGGUGGUGCGGUCAAGGUGGUCAGGUUUAUUGCUGUUCUGAUUGUCCACAUGUUUUCUGUGCUAAAUGCAUAAAGCGUAAUUUGGGCAUGCCUAAAAUCAAAGAAAUUGAAAACACUGAUGACUGGAAAUGUUUCAAAUGCAACCCAAGAUGUCUCUGGGAUUUAAGGGCAUUGUGUUGGGCACUAUUGCGCUACUGUGAAUUAAAAAAUAAAUUAACAUACACUGUUCAAGAUCCUCAACUGAAAGAUAUGUAUCAAAAAGAUUGUGCCGCUGAUAAUUCAGAGUGCUGUAAAAAUAAAGGCAGAAGAAAAUCCAAAAUUGAUGAUUCCAAAAAGAAAGUUGAUGAAAAGAAUGCUGCUUCUUCAUCUAUUGUUUCAAAAAUUCCAGCAACAAUUCAGGUAAAAAAGUUCGCUUCAAUGGUUGAUGACUCUUUUGGAAAACAAGAGAAGAAACCACAGAAAAGAUCUGCAAGCCCUGUAAUGAAACCAAUAUACAUAAAGUCUCCUGUAAAUAUAGCACCCAUGCCUGGACCUGCAAAAUUAUUAAGUACACCUGCAAGCAAAAAGAUAAAGAUGGGGAACACAAAUUUUAUUCCACCUGUAAGAUUCGCAAAUACUGAGAGAAAGGGCGCAGUCGCAACAUAUGGACGCAUAAAGCCAAUAAAUAUAAGACCAGCUCCAUUACAAAUACCUAUGAUGACAAACCAUUUUAAUGGAUUUAGUAAUACAAAUACAUUUUAUAAUGAUAACAUUAAUUUAUCACUGGAAAACCUAACACAGGGACUGGACAUGACAUCUGCUGACAAUAAUGAUGUAAUAUGUACUCCUGAUUUCCCAUUGGAGCCACUUUGUGAGGUUACUGAAGAAAAUACUGAUGAUGACGUGCAGUGUAUCACUCCUGGACCAGCCGUUACAAAAAAAGUAAAUACUAAUACGCCACCACCUUUAAUACCUCGAGUGCAGACAAUUUUAUCUGAAGGAUCUUCUGAUAACAUUAUACAAAUGACUGAAAAUGAUGUAACAGUAAAUGCAGCUACCGGGGGUUUGAAGUUUCGUGUCGAUCCCCAAACUUUAUCAUCUAAUAAAAUGUAUCGCUUACCAGAUGGCCGUAUAUUCGCCAUAAAUGCAAACCCAUCUAUGCCAGGUGGUUAUUCUGCGACUAUUGUUGCUGUCACUGAAAAUCUUUCCGGUAAAGUUGCGUCCAAAGGGCCCACAUUUGCAGCAAAACUGAGUGCGAUUCCCGCCCAAACAAACACAAUUUCAGUUUCCAAAGGAAACCGCUCCAAUGCCAACGCUCCGAGCUCAAGAAUUCGUACGCCAAAAUCAACCAAAGCUACAAAGGCAUUAGACACAACAGCAACCGUGUCAGUAACUUCAAGGUCAGUCAACUCUGAAAUUCCUGUUGAAUGGCUCAGGUUCAGCAUUUUAGAUGCAGUAGAUUCAUUAGAAUACUCAUUAUCCAGAUUGCACAAGGUUAAAAAGGAAGCAACAUCUAUGAAUUUACGACUUUGCACUGUUCCUGAGAUGAAAAAUAUACAUAAGUCAUUGGAGCGAUUGCUACACACAUCGUCAACUAGAUUUAAUGAAAUAAGACAAAACUUGAACAAGGACAUGAAACAGUAUCUUGCACGGAAAAAAAAGGCAAACACAAACAUAAGCGAAGACGAUGAUGAUGAUGACGAUGUUGAAAUUUUAAAUGACGGGGACAAUGAUGAUCCUAUAUUUAUUGAUGAAAAUUCGGUUGACUCAAAUUUGAAUGAUACAAACUGUAACGAGAGCCAUGAUGUAGACCUUACAAUCGUAUGCAGUGAUCACAAUGAUAGCUGUGAAAAUAUUAAAGAAUAUUCUAAGAGUGAUCAAACUGAUCAUAAGAAUAAUAGCAAUGAUGACGGUUAUGAAACUUCUACCAAAAUUUUUAAUGAGAACCUACAUAUUCUUAAAAACAGAGUAGAAGAAAAGAACACUGAUUGCGAAGAAAAUGAAGAUUUAGUGCAAACUGCAACAUGUGAGAACAAGGUAAAUUUAAAAACUAGUAAUAUAACCCAUGCUGAAGAUGAAAUUAUAAGCUUGAAUGAACAAAAAAAUAUUAAUGAUAAAGAAAUUUCAGUCAAUGACGAUCCCUCAUUAAAUACUAAUGAAGAUGUAGAGAUGGAAAAUAAAUCGAAAAAUAUUUGUAAUAUGGAAGAAAAAGAAAACACUUGCGAUGAUGUGGAUAAAAGUAGAAAUCCCAAAUCUAACGAUGUGUUAUUAGAAGAAGGCUCGAAGGAAGAGAAUUUAAAAGAGGAAGAUGAAGAGAAACAAUUACUGAACGAGGAUAGGAGUGACAUUGAUAAAGAUAGUGAAAAAAUACCCGAUACUGACAUGAGUGAUGAAAUGAUAAAUAAUUUACUAAGUGACGAAAAUCCAAAACAAAUAUUGGGUACAUAAAACAAUUGGAUGCGUGGUUUUAUUGAAAAACCUGUAAAGACAUUUUAUUAGGAAGUAAUUAGAUUUAAGUAUAUUAUUUCGGAAGCAGUCUUAUCCUGGGGAUAUUGAGAUAUUUAGUCUUUUGUAAUAUUAAGUCAUUAUCCGAAUAUAUCAAUCUUAUAAUUUUUUGUUUUAUCUUAUUACUUUCCACUUGCCUAUUAAACAUUAAUAUUUUAAUUGAAAAAUAUCUGAUUAAUCCUGUAUAUGUAAAAAUAAUAGAAAACAAUUUUUGCUAGCUAACUUAUACGUGUAUAGUAUACAUCUUUACUAUUCUAUGUUAAGAUGUAUACCAUACAUUUAUUUGGUGAGGUGCUGUUUUUAUAUUUGUCGUUUUCACGAAAAUCAAUGCUACGAGUUAUUUUCGUUCAUUAUCUUUCUCAUGGCGAUAAUUAUGUUAUAAAUUUUACUUGUCCAAUGUGUUGCUACUUGUGUUUACAAGGAAGUCCUUUCUAAGGAUACUUCAGCAAAUCACAUAUUAGUCUAUCUUCUUUCUGCAUUUUCUUAAGUUAUUGGUUAAUCCUUGUAGUAACCAUAUUAGUUAAAUAAACAAAAAUAAAUAGAUACAGGAUAAAUUACACAGUUUGAGUUAGCCUCGAAGUAAGUUCGAGACUUGUGUUACGAGAUACUUACUCAACGAUACUAUUUUUUAUAAUGAAUACUUAUACAGAUAAACUUGACCAAGACCCAGGCCAAUCAGAAAAAGUUCUUUUCUCAUCAUGCCCUGGCCGGGAUUCGAACCCGGGACCUCCAUUGUCACGGACAAGCGUACUACCGCUGCGCCACAGAGGCCAAUAUUAUGUUAUGCAGAUAAUUUAAAUGUGUCUUGUUCAUACUUUUAUCUCGACUAAGAUUUCUUAUUUAGUUGUGAUUGGGUGUUUUUAUUUCUAAACCUAGAAACUGACAAGCAAUUGGGCCAGUUUUAUACUUUGUGCCUUAAGUGUUUGUUGUAAAAAGCUGAUAGCAUAACGAGCAUCAAGGUGUUUCGGAUGACAGUUUAAAGUGUUUUUACUGUUAUGUUAAACAAACGAAAGUCACCUGUAUUGUUGGUUUAAAGUUUGAAUCAACAGUUUUGGAAGUAUAAUUAAGAAUCAAAUUUUAAAUUGUUAUGUUUGAAUUUACCUUAUUGACAUUUCUCCAUGGAAAUUACUUUUGUUAUUCCAGUGUAGUUAAGAAAAUUCUUAUUUUUUGUUAUUUGUUUUUCUUUGUACAGUAAUAAGUAGAUCAAAGAUCUCUAUUUACCAACCUGUGCCAGGAGGGUUUACUUUUAUUUAAUUUCAGAUAAAUUUAUACGAUUGCCUAAGCAGUGUUACUAUUUUGAUAAAACAAAAUUUGUAUGUAGGCUUCAUUAUUUCUCAUACAAAAUCAUUAAAUAACAACUGGUUGUUUGAAAUAAGUACAAUUUGGUUACUACUUAAAUAAAACAGUGAAUUAAAACAUCUUGCUUUUACAUAUAUAAGAAUCGACUGUAGGUCUCAACUUCAACAGAAAAUUAUUUCGACAGGGUUUCAAUUUCGAAGAAAUAUUUCGAUUUAAAUUGCUUAGGCGAAAUACAUUCAACUAGCGUUAUUCCGACAGAAACUACCUCGACAAGGCACACCUUCGAAAAAUACUACUUCUACAGAAGCCAUUUCGAAAUGCACUUGUUUGGCUGAAUUGAAAUGUGACAGAGAUCUGAAAUAACAAUCAGUUUAAAGUAUAAAACAAUUGCAAAUCUGUAUAAAUAUUAUUCCUUCACAUAAUCAACAUAAUAAUGAUGAUCAGGUAUUCAUUAGUAAAAUCAUUUACACGUUUUCAUAAUUACUAUUAAUUGGACAGGUGAGUAACGUACACUCACACGAAAAGAUAUCAUCCAUUUCAUUUUUAGGAGCAUAUGUUUUUGCAGCCUAUCGUUUUAUUGUAAUUGUUUUUAUUUUUUUUUGGUUUCUCAUAUUUAGCCAAAAUUCUUUGUAUUUCAUUCUGAGUACUUUUUCCUUCGGCUAAACUUUUAAUGUAAUUUUUUUAUAUUGAGUAGAGUAUUUCAUCUCUUUUGCCAGCUUUCGAUUGUAUUUUAUGUCAAGGAAAUCCAAAUUCAAUGGAAUCUGCAACCGACCACAUUUUUUGUGGAUAGAAUGGUGGUACUUAUAUGUAUGUAUAUUAUUACCUGGAGUGCAGUUUUCUCUUGUUUUUUUUUUUGGUAUGAUCCCGUCACCAAACAAAGUUUGCAAACCAAUUUAUCUAAAUUUUUAAUUUUAGUUUGUUUUCAAUUAGAGACUUAAUGGGCUAUCAUACUUCUCUUAUAAUAAUGAUGAUCUCACUAAAACAUACAAAUUUGUACGCCACGUCCAACUACGAAACAACAAAAAAUAAAAAAAAUAUUUUGUUUGUAAUAAUGUUUUUAUUUUGUACCUAAAUCGUUAAACAAAACAUAAUUAUUAUUGACACACACCAGCGCAUAGUCUGUCGAAGGUAAUUUCUGUCGAAAUAACCUGCAACAGCAAGUGCAUUUCGAAAUGGCUUCUGUCGAAGUAGUAUUUUUCGAAGGUGUGCCUUGUUAAAGAAGUUUCUGUCAGAAAAACGCUAAUCAUUGUUUUGUCUAAGCAAUUUAAGUUGAAAUAGUGUUUUUCGAAAUUGAGUCAAAAAAAUCGUUCACAUAUUUAACGUAUUUUCCUAUUUUUAAAUGUCAAUCUCAAGCCAAUAGCUAACAACUAAACGAUCUAGUUGGUUUAUAAGGCACUAGGUUAUAAAAUAUGUAUGUAAUUUUAAAAUUGUGUGUCAGAGUAAAAGGCUGUGCUAUUUUCCGAUUGUC